AUGGCAGAAUCCAAGGUAGAUCUUGCAUCGCUCUCGCUCUUCCGCGGGACGCCCGCGCAGGUUGAAGAGUCACGGCGCCGGACUUUUCCACAGUGGGGUGGUACUCUGAGUCUGACCGACUACCUUGCGCGAGAUGUGACGAUGGAAUCGGGCGAGCACGCCAAGGAUGGAAAGUUGAUCACUUGGGUACUGGCGCCACGGGACGACCCCACAACGCUUGAUUUUAUUAGCACCUGCGAGACAUACAAGCGCACAGGUCUCGUGCACGAAGCAAAUUGUUAUGGUGUCGCCUGUGUGUUCACUCCACCAUCGAAGCGCGGGCGCGGCUACGCAAGCCAUAUGAUGAGCCUCCUGCAUUGGGUUACUGCCUCGCGUGCCAAUCUUCCUAAAUUCCCCGAGGCAUGGGGUGCACCGCCAGAAGAGGUAGCGGAUGCUGGCAAAGGACUGUUCUCGGUGCUGUAUAGUGAUAUCGGGGAGGAGUUUUACAGAUCAGCUGGCCCUGGAGGUAAAGGGGGCGGAUGGGAGAAGCGGAGCGAAAUCUCAACUAUUUGGGAGGUGGGUACAGAGGAAGGUGAUGAUGAGGGAUGGAAGUGGUUGACAGAAGAGCAAUUGAACGAACUUUGGGAGCCGCCCAGGCGGCAUUCGCGACAUACCUGCCAACGGAUGGUGUCUGCGGAUUCCACAUCACAAAGCGGAUUCUGGGGCGUAGAGUCAACGAGGGACCCAGGUACAUACGCAAGCUGGAGCGUUGACUUGAGACCACCUCCAACAACGCUGAUUGUCACGCGACUCUGUGCCAGUGAAGAGAUGUUCCCUGGACUGAUUGUGAAGAUCAAACAGGCGGCUAGACGAAGCGGAAUUGAGAAAGUAGAGGUAUGGAAUUUGCGGGUAGGAUUGAAAGAGGUUGCAGAGAAGACGGGUGGGCGGACGUUCAUGCGAAAUGAACACUUGCCACAGAUAGUGUGGUAUGGACCUGAAAUAACAGGGAAUGUAGAGUGGGCGUAUAAUGAGAAAUUUUGUUGGUGCUGA